CCUGUCUCUAGUGUCUUUGUUCCCGGGCUCUAGUGUCUUUGGUCCAGGGAGUCCCGGCUGAGCAGCCGCCUCACUCCGACCCACCCACCUCUUUCUCCGGUCGAGCUGCUUCACUGGAUGGCUGCUUUCUGAACGAGGAGUUUAAUCGGCGACAGGCCCGGGAGAGCCCUCUCUCCAUCCUGGGCCACAUUAAGAUUUGAUAUGGAACACCUGACACCUUAUUGCAAAGCUGGACAGAGGACAGUGUGGAAGCACACAUCAGUUCGCAAGACUCCCGCCAGACGGAAAAUUUCAAGAACAGACUGGCCAAUAGAAAAUCCAGAGCAGAUUGCAUUGUUGUUGCAGAAACAGUGGCGUCUAUAUCAUUUAACACCACUGUAUCGAUUUUCUUACACCAUGCUGAAGAAAUACUCAAAUGAGUUGUCUGUAUUCAUUGCUUGUGAGAAGAAAAAGGGAAUAGCUGUUGAAGUGGGAAUUGAGGUUGCCGGCAAAGCUAAAUUCUCCAUGCUUGCAGGUCUCCGAGCUACUGAAAGUGAUCCAGAGGCAAUCUUCAUCCAGAUAACAUCAAAGACUCCGGUCCAACAAGCAGCUGAUGAGAAGGUGGUAUGGUCUGGCUGGCUAUGCUGUGUUGAUGGAGAUUUGGGCUUCUUGGAAUCUCUCCCAGUGGAAUUCACCUGUUUGCCCUUGCUUUUUGCCAAUGGCCCUGAAACAGUAACAGCUAUUGUUGGGGAAUGGUUGCAGAAAACGUUUGACUGUUACAUCAGUGCUUUUCCCAUCAGUUCUGAGAACCUGACAUGGAUGGCUGCCAUGUGGGCCAAUUGUCUUUCUGACUGCAUCCACCGUGUAAUGGAACUAGAAUGGUCUGUGCCCCCUGUGCAAUUGACCAUCUCACUGAGUAUUCACCCAGAGGACGCUAAGACACUGUGGGACAGCAUCCAUGGAGAUGAGGAUGAAAUCGCCAUCGAUGAGGUGGAGCUUUUCAUGAGCAGCCUUCAUUCACAUUUCUACAGACAUUUUGGGGUGCGCCUUGCAGCUACACGUCUGGUAAAGGUGACCACAGCUGUAGCAUCUGCUCAUUGUGAUGGGAAAUUAAAGUUGUUCAGCAGCAAGCAUAUAGACCACGUGCUGCCAUUCCUAACUGAGUUGGCUUUUCAUCAGAUACAGUACCGACCCCGUCUUUGCACUAGUAUGGAUUAAAUGUGAUCAAAAACUAGUUCUUCAGUGUCACAACAGCCGAACAAUGUUAUUCAUCUUCUGGAAGUUACUGGGCUGAAUCAAGACUGAUCUGACAGGAAGGAGAAGAUGACUACAGGUCGAUUGAUAUGACUUAAGUGUUCCCUCUAUUAUUAUAUGCAAUAUCUUUCUCCAAGAAAUUUGCUAUUCUUUAAAUCCUUGUGCAGCAUAGAAACUAGAGCAGUCAGCCUGACCAUUUUUAAUGGAGGGACCAUAUCCCAUUUUAAAAUUAGUGUUGUACAAAACCUUAUUAAACUUUGUUUUCACACCUUAAUGCUUGCACAAAUGUUAACCAUUGAGUGAAUUCUAAAUUUAUUUUAUGUGUGUAACUUCUUAAGCAGCAUAAAAUGUAAAAUUAAAUGUUCUAAUUUUAAAGAUGACUAACCCCAUUCUUAAGUUUCAUAAACAUUGUGGAACUACAUCUCUCCUGCAUUCUCAUUAUUUACUGUACAAAUCUUCUGAAGCUGUUAGUUCACUUUAUUAAUAAAGUUGUAGUACCUUA